AUGCGUUGUCCUAGUUUUCACUUAAGCAAGGGGACACCCAAUAAGGCAGCACACCAGCGCCCAUCCGUUCAGCUGCUGGGUGCUGAGGGUAGAGGGUCCCUGGCACCAUCCCAGUUGCUGCCCGUGUCCAUCCAGAGACUGAAGGCUCAGAUGCGUUGUCGACUGCACAAUCAUUUCUCYGUAUGUKCUUCGCUUUGGUCUUCACGUCCAGRGAGGUCGUGGAGUCUCCCUCUGGACAAACUAGGGGCUCAGGCCGCCCGCCCGCCCCGGGGCUGUGGCCGCCGCCCGCCCGGCCAAUGGGAGCGGCGCUUGUUGGCGGGCCGGGAGGUGGCGGCGUUGCCACAGCAGCGGCGGUCGGAGAGCGAGCCCAGCCCGAGCCGGCGGUGGGGGCGCGCCAUGGAGGGGCUGGAAGGUGAGGUUGCAGUGCAAACUGGAGAUCURUUGCCAUGUAAGAUUUGUGGAAGGACUUUCUUUCCAGCAGCACUGAAAAAGCAUGGACCCAUUUGCCAAAAAACUUCUUCCAAGAAAAGGAAGACAUUUGAUUCCAGUCGACAGAGAGCAGAAGGAACUGACAUUCCCACAGUAAAACCUCUUAAGCCACGGCCAGAACCACCAAAAAAACCUUCUAACUGGAGGCGAAAGCAUGAGGAAUUUAUAGCAACUAUACGAGCAGCCAAAGGACUUAAUCUUAAAGACGGUGGAAAACUCCCUCCACCACCUCCACCAUCAUAUGACCCUGAUUACAUUCAGUGUCCAUACUGUCAGAGGAGAUUUAAUGAAAAUGCAGCUGACAGACACAUCAAUUUCUGUAAGGAGCAAGCUGCACGUAUUACUAAUAAGGGGAAAUUAGCAGCUGAUACCAAAGGGAAGCUUCCUACUCGAACACAGUACAAACCUGCUGCAGUUAAGAAGAUGCCUUCUGUAGGAUCAACACCAUCACCAUCAUCACGCUUACCACAGCCAAGUGGUGUUAGCAAAACUGUUGUAGGUGCCCCUUCAAGUAAAGCUGGAUCCAGUGGGAGCAAAAUUCAGACGUUAUCACCAGCUCAUAAAAACUCACUGGGAAUGGUGAACCCACAAGCAGGAGGCACAACAAAAACCCGGACAUCAACCCCUCCUAGUGUGUCAAGGGCCAUGAGCACAGGUGCUUUAACAAACAGAAGAAAAACGARCAAUUCAGACAUGUACUUAAGGUCUGAUGGGAAGACGGUGUGUGACAGUGGAGACUGCUCAUCCUCAGUCAAUGGAGGAAGUGCAAAAAGCAGCGAAGGAAUUUCACCUGUACAUUUAUCCAAGUUCUGCCAUGAAUGUGGAACGAAGUAUCCAGUGGAAUGGGCAAAGUUCUGCUGUGAGUGUGGAAUUCGAAGAAUGGUUGUGUGAGCACAAUUUUAAAAGCAGAAAGAAAACAAGUGAUUGGAACAUCUGCUAUGUACUGUUGCAUGGAAAGCUAGAGCASUCCAUCCAGUUAGACUUCAUGCUGCAAACGUUGAAACAUCACCUUUUAAUUUUCUGAGUGCAAUCUUCUGGUUACACAGUUAUUUAUAAACCAAUAURUAUACUGUAUAUAAAAAUAGCAGCUACCUAAAACUGUGCCAUUCUUUACUCUUUGUUGAAAAUAUUUAAAAUGAAGGUUAAAAUAUGUUAAGUAACCUAGGUAGCAGAAGUGGUUCUAUGCUAUUUUUUUUUGUAAAUCCUACUAGACAAAGGAUUUUUUAAAAAUCAUUUAUGUAGCUUAAUACCUAUAGGGAACUGGCCAUGAGCAACUUGGGCUUCAAAAGUUUCUCUGUAGAGGCAUUUCUUUMAUCUAUGACAGUAACUUAGAUGCUGUGUUCUAAGUGAAAACAACCUGAGCAGCUCCUUACAAAUUCCUAGUUAAAAGGUCUGGAUCUUUAAACUCUUGAAYAGUAAUAUCCUAAUUGGACUUUCCAGUUGCUUCCUAGGUUUUUUUAAAGAAUCARAGUGGAAAGACUACCUGAGAAUUCUCUUUGCAUGUAAGAAGAAAGACAAGAUUUUCUUUUUGUGGCUUUCCACGUUCUGUUUUCAGUAAGAAGUUACUAUUUUAAUGUAUUUAUAAGGGCAAAUAUGAUAUCUUCAUUUUAUUAAGUUCCUUUUGUUCUGAAAUACUUGUCUUCCUCCUUCUGUGCUCCACCGAGACUAGCAUGUCUAAAGAUGUUGUGCUUUGUCUACGUCCUAUUUCCAAAGGUCCUGCUCAUUUUUGUCUUCCCUCGUUUCCUUAAUUAAAGUCAAAGUCUAUGCUUAUCCUGCCUAAAUGUUGAAUUCUUAUUUUAAAAACAGCCUUCUUGAUAUAUCCAAUACCAAAAAAAUAGUUCUGUAAGAAUGAAUGCUAUUAGAGCAGUGGAUCUUGAUGUAAGUAGUGACUCUUCUUUAUUCUUAUUCUGUGAAGAUAGCACAGCUUACAUGUACGAAUACAUAGAGGAAUAAUUGUGCUUCACAGGUUUAUACACCAAUACCUGAUGGGGUUGUUUUGCAAUUUUGUGUAUUACUGAUUUCAAACAGCAGCCUCUUCAAGUUAGUAAUAGAUUUCAUAUUAAUUCAUUGGGAAGRAGGGAGAGACUCAAAGUUGGGCUUUUUACCAAUUACAUGGGAUACUGAAACCUCUCACAAGCCAAAUCACUUAACUUGUAUCUUAUUGUAGUAAUUUMUUUUGUGAAGUUUUGAUUUGAAGUAUUAGCACCAUAUUCAUUGUGCGUGAAAGAACAAUCUGAAACAACUUAACUGUGCCUUUCCCACAGUAAAUACUUUCUUUUUUCAGAAAUUGGUACUUUCAGCUCACAAACACCAUUCGUUUCAAUUAUUUUGAUUUCAUUGCAAUUUACUCAUAAUAUAACGUAGUGUUCCAUGAUAGUAUUAUGGUCAUUGCAUACAUCUUCAAAAAUUGUGAUUAUCAAUGGGGCCAGUUUGGAAGAAGACCUGAUUGACAAAAAGCAACUUCAAAGCUGAURCCAGUCUAAGAGAAUGAGAUUUAAGAGACUUGAUGUAGUCAUGUAGCAAGCCACAAGCUAUGGAUGUUUUAAAAUUAGUUCAGUGAGUGUCUUGCAGUUUUUCUACAAAAAUGUUUUUUUAGAAAUUACCCUUCAUUCAGUGUAGUCUUAAUUAUAAUUGGUGUAAGCUGGCUACCAAGCAUGAUAGGAUGGAUGACUGGUAGUGAUAGUUACAACUGACAAAUCCUAGCCAAUUUAUUUUGUAAGUAGUUUAGAUUCUGGGAUUCAUAUUAUGGCACAUUCAUGUCUGUGCUUGGAAAAACUGGAAUGCUGCAUUCUUUCAUAGAUAAGCCUGCUUUGGAAAAUUUGCCCUGGACUUGGGCCACGUGUKCAGACUGAACUAUUGCAAGCUGAGAGUCUAUCAGCAGAGAGGCCAGUCCAGAAUAGGUUUGUUCAGAUAGUGAAUUUACUCUGACCUGAUGAAUUUUCAGUUGUUUCUGCUGGAAAAUGCAUUUUACCAUUUAUUAAAAAUGCUUUCUAAAAGGGUAUGUUUAGUAUGGUACUAAAUACCUUUCAGAUUUUCCAGGAUUAUUGUAACUAUAGGAAAAAGCAUAUUGACUGUUUCUCCUUUGAAUUGUAGGUGGCAGAUUUUGUAGUUUCAAAUCAAUCCUCAUACAGUUACUAUGUUUUCUGCUUUGUGAGCUGUUUGUGAGAUUCUUGCCUUUCAGUGCAGCAUUCAGUAAAUUAUUUGAAUAGCACAUCAUUUGCUUCAUUUACACAUCUGUGAUUUAUCAUGAGGAUUACACAGGGAAUUAACCUGAACAGAAAAAAAGGUUUUUAUAACUGAUCUUUUAAUUUGGCCUUACAAAGGAGGGUUAUGAAAUAUAAUUGACUGUUGAUAGCAACACUGGAUAAUSUGUUUGUUUGAAUCUACAGUAAGUAUAAGCAGAUGAAAUUCUUUUUAACUACGUAGUUCAUAGCUGUAUGGUAAGACUUAUGAGAGGCCCAAUAUAUUUUGUGUUUAUCAGCUAAUUUUGUUACUGAAYGAUACAGAUUUCUGAAAUUUGUGGUGUUACAGACCCUAGCUUGUAUUACACAAGUUAUCUGCACAGAUCACUGUAAUUCCAUCUCAAUGGAAUGUUUGUGCAAAACAGUAAAUUGUUUUUUUAUGGUGUUCCUGCAGAACUGAAUGUGGAAAACAAAUUUGUUACAUUUACAGAAAAAAAAUUUGGGGAGUUGGACUGAAUUUUCAAUCUUUAGUGUAUUAUCUGUGUCAGGAAGUUCCCAAAUUUAAUGUAUUGGUGAUCUACAUCUAAACCCUCUUGCCCUAGUCUUCUCCACACGUUUAUGCCUUGGUUUUCAUGGGAGGAAAAAAACAUGAACUAUGCACUGUCUAUUUGUAGUGAAAUGUAGUGAUGCAGUUGUUGUGAUGAUUUCUAAACCUAUGACUGAUGUCUAACCUUAUGACAGAUUUUCUUUUACUGUCUGCCAUUUUGUCUUCCUAAUGUGCUUUACUAAGGUUCUUCCAUUUGUUAAAGGAGAGGGGAAAAAAGGUCUAAGGUAAAAUUCCAUUUAAAGAAACAUGGAAGAGGCUGGUUUUGCUGUUUGGUUUUGCUGAGGGUGUUUGCAUUCCCAUUCUGCUUUUGUGAUUAUCUCUUACACAAAGGACCUCUCUGUGCCAGGAAAGAGUGCAUGAUCAUUGGAACUAUGCUGAUAGAAGUGCAAUGGAGUUAUGACAAAUACUAGCUUCAAUAUUAAAAACAGCAUAGCCUACAGCUUAGCCUUUAUAWGAUCUACCUUACACAGGUUUAUAAUUAUGCAUGAUGCUCACACCUUAGGUAGUUUCAGAACUGGAGUCUCUAAAUACACAGCAAUUAAAAUAUGUGUUUAUAUGGAUAAUUAGUCUUACACACUGCUGCAGGAAGGUGGGCACGGGCAGUGCUUCAUCUCCAUUUCAGGUUGUAACUAUGAAAUGAACAUAUAGGCAGAAGUUUUCAGAUUUGCCAAAGAGRCUCAAAAAACGCUUGAAACCCCUGGAAGGAGUGGUAAAGUUCCACCUGAGGGUUCCCUGGCUGGGAGGUCAGGAGAGAGGGGGAGCUCUCCAUGGUGCUCGGGCAGCGAGCCUUCCCCGCAGUGCUGGGGCAGUGGCCACUCCAGUGUGGCCACACGUCCUGCACCUUCACAGGGUGGGAGCUACAAACUGUGUUUUAACACCUGACCCAGUCUUUAUGCAUCAGGAAAGUUCUGUGUCAUCUGCAAGGGACUAGCUCUGAAUUCAUCAUCACAGCUGAGAGUUAGUACCUGAAAUGCAGGGAGAAUAUUUCCAGAUGCCUGCUUAUUGAGUCAGUGGAAGGAAGGAUGACUGCAGUACUUUAAAUGAUAAUAAACAAGGUAUGUGCACACUGAUGUGGACUCUGUAAUUAGUCUGCAUAUAAAAUUAAAUGGUAUUGUCUCUGUAUUACAAAGGUCACAGGAAGUGCUAGUUUCCGUCACAUAGA